AUGCCGAUCAAACUACAAGGCGUGACGGUAAAGGCCGAUCUAUUUGCACUACCCUUAGUUGGGCCCAAUGUAGUUCUCGGGGUCCAAUGGCUGGAGGGACUCGGGGACGUGACCACUAACUACCGCGAAGGAGUCAUGAAGUUUGACGCAGGAAAGCGACGCGUAACCCUAAAGGUUGGCGGUGACGAAGGAGCUAAGGAGAUAGGGCUCAAGAAAGGAAGGUCCAAUGGCUCGUCGCGACACGAGAAAGAGAUCCGGGGCCUACUCGAGGAGUUCGGCGAGGUGCUUGUCGAGCCAAAGGGAUUGUCGCCAAGGAGAGCUUACGACCAUCGCAUACCAUUGGUCGAAGAAGGACGAGCGGUACACGUCCACCCGUACCGUUACGCGCAUUUCCAAAAGGCUGAGAUCGAGAAGCAAGUCGGUGAGAUGCUCGAGUCCUGGCUAAUCCGGCAUAGCACGAGCCCGUUCUCAUCGCUGGUGCUACUCGCAAAGAAGAAAGAUGGAACGAAGCGUUUUUGCACAGACUACCGCGCCCUAAAUUCCGCCACCAUCAAGGACUGA